AUGGGCGAUGAAAUUAUGACGCAUAAACUAGCUGAGCAGGCUCACAAGGUGGUUGCAAGUUACAAACCCUCCAAGUUUGACAAAAAAAUCCUCCUCUGGACUGGCCGUUUCAAGACAGAAGAAGAGAUUCCUCUGAGGAUCCCGCCAGAGAUGCUAGACAAGGCAAGAAACAAAGCUCGAGUGAAAGCUUGUUACAUCAUGAUUGGUCUCUCAAUUGUUGCCUGCUUUGCAGUGAUUGCUUCAGCUAAAAAGGCUGCUGCACGUCACGAGUCCUUAACAAGCUGGAACUUGGCAAAGAAGGCCAAGUGGCGGAAGGAGGCUGCGCUAGCCGCGGAGUCAAAAGCAAAGUAACUUCAUAUGAAAUGCCAAAUGCCCUUCCAGGAGUAAAAUUAACUGUUGCUGAGAGCAAUUAGUGAGUUUCACCCAUACACGGACAAUAGUAUGCACACGCUGGAGCCAAUAAGGGCAGUUACAGCAUCACAAAAAGAAAGGGAGGGUCUCUUUUAUUAGGGAGAUAUUUGGUGUACGUGCUGCAUAUAGUUAGAGUUAGUUAGAAUGUUUUGCAUAUGCUUAAAAGCAGUAAUUCAUUUUAAAGGAGAUGAGGUACUUUUGUAAGAAUAUCAGGCAUCUUUAGUUAGAUAAUGACAAAAUACUUAAACCCACAAAGUUUUCUGUCUGGGACAGUGCCUAGUUUUUCAGCACGCAAAUCA